UGAUGAGGCGAUGGUAGUGAUGGAAGCACCAUUGGACAAAGUAAUGAGAAUGAAUGCGAUGAUGAGGGGUUUAUUAGAAUCAUUGACGAAAACUGAGUGUGAUAGUAAUGAUGCAAAUAAUAUAAAUAGUGAAAUCAAGGAGUGCGAAAGGGGUGUUAAUGAAAAGCGAGAGGAUACAAACAGAAAGGUGAUUGCAAAUAAAAAGAGAAAUAAAGGGGUGUAUGGAGUGAAAAACAAAAAUGUUAAAAAUAUACUCAUCUAUGAUAAUGAAACAGCCCAGAAUGUCAAAUCUAAUCUAGCAUCCGAUUAUGUGAAAAAGAAAGGGCUUAUCUGGAGAUGUUCAAACAAUGUAUCAACUAUUGGUAGUACAAGUAAUGAUGAGAUCGUUGGAUGUGUUCCUGGUGUUGAAGUUGAUAUUAACGGUGUUAAAGUGGUUCAAAAGUUCCAUGUGAAGCGUGGAUUUUGUUGUGAUGUCAUUCUUGGAAUACCGUGGGUCAUGAAAACAAGGUGUAGUUUCGAAUGGAAGGAUAGAAAAUGUCACUGUAUGAUCCGAUCUGGCUUAGAGAAAGCAACAUUCGUGAUCUCUGAUGAAAGCAUAGAUAAAUAUAUGAAUAAAGCUAGUAUAAUGAAGAAUGAUGAUCGAAAAGAAAACGAAUUUGUAGAUGUUAGACGUAUUAAAGGUAAAUUGACGGAGAAUGAUGGUGCUGGUGAAGAGAAAGAGAAAUGUAGUGAUAGAAAAGACAAUAAUGUUGUGAACGUAAGGUGUGUAGUAAACGUAUUGAAGGAUAAUGAGGCUAAGUUUGAUUAUAAUGGGGGUGAAGCUGCAGAUGGCAGAACGAAUGAAUCUGGAAGAGAUUACCAUGAAAGUAAAAUCGAAAAUGAAAAAGAUGAACAAAAGGUAUUUGUUCAAUGUCAAAGCCUCAGGAAAAUAAGUUGUGGUAAUGAAACACGUGAUCACAAGUGUGAUGAUAAGAAUAAACGAUACAUUGGAUUAGGAGGAGCAUCUAUGAGUCACCCAAGUACCAUACGAACAUUGAAUAGCAUGUUAAAGGCUAAACGUAAUAUGAAUAAUUUUGUAAGGUUAAAUGGUGUAAACUGCCGAAGGGUGAAAACAAGUAGAAAAGUCGUGAAUAAUGUAUAUGCGAGUUUAGUUGAAGGUGUAUUGCGAAUCGACAAUGCAAAAAUUAAGGUGAUGAAUACCUUAAGAUUUGAAAGUAAUAAAAGUUUUAAUAAAAAUGGUAAUGAUCCAAAAAAGCUGGACGCGUUGUGUGUUG